UGUGAUCGGCCACGGGACAGAGGAGCCAGCAGCCUGCCCGUGACAGGCAUCAGGUUAGCUCGCUCCCACUCGGGUGGCGCGCCCAGGAUAUAAAUCCAGGCUCGGCCCGGCUGCGGCCCCUCUCCCUGCACACUCAGGAGAGGGAGUUUCCUUGCGAAGACCUUUCCUUUAUCUGGAGCCGCACAGCCCAGCGGGCUCCGCUGACUUGGUGCAGGCAGCCGCGGCAGCCUUAGCAGCAACAAGGCAGCCUGCUGGGUGGGGAGGGCAGGUGCCCACAGCCCCCGGGAAGGAGGAGGCCCUGGUGGGCCCCAGUUCCCGGUGUCCUCCCGGAGGAGGUCUCUGGCCACGGAGGACUGCAUCAUGUGGGCCCUGCCAUGCCACCGGUUCUGGUCCUGCUGGGGGCAGGUGGCAGCUCUGCUGCUGCUCCUCGGGGUGCCCCCACGAGGCCAGGCGCUGCCACCCAUCCGCUAUUCUCACGCGGGCAUCUGCCCCAACGACAUGAACCCUAACCUCUGGGUGGAUGCCCAGAGCACCUGCAAGAGGGAGUGUGAGGCAGACCAGGAGUGUGAGACCUAUGAGAAGUGCUGCCCCAAUGUGUGUGGGACCAGGAGCUGUGUGGCUGCCCGCUACAUGGACGUGAAGGGGAAGAAGGGCCCAGUGGGCUUGCCCAAGGAGGCCACGUGUGACCACUUCAUGUGUCUGCAGCAGGGCUCCGAGUGUGACAUCUGGGAUGGCCAGCCAGUGUGUAAGUGCAAAGAUCGUUGUGAGAAGGAGCCCAGCUUUACCUGUGCCUCGGACGGCCUCACCUACUAUAACCGCUGCUACAUGGACGCCGAGGCCUGCUCCCAAGGCAUUACACUGGCUGUUGUCACCUGCCGCUAUCACUUCACCUGGCCCAACACCAGUCCCCUGCCGCCUGAGACCACCGUGCGCCCCACCACGGCCUCCCCCGAGACCCCUGGGCUGGACAUGGUGGCCCCAGCUCUGCUCAACCACCCUGUGCCCCAGUCGGUCACCAUGGGCGAGACAGUGAGCUUCCUCUGUGAUGUAGUGGGCCGGCCCCGGCCCGAGAUCACCUGGGAGAAGCAGCUAGAGGAUCGGGAGAACGUGGUCAUGAGACCCAACCACGUGCGUGGCAACGUAGUGGUCACCAACAUUGCCCAGCUGGUCAUCUAUAAUGCCGAGCCCCAGGAUGCCGGCAUCUACACCUGCACAGCCCGGAAUGCGGCUGGGGUCCUGCGUGCCGACUUCCCGCUGUCAGUGGUCAGGGGCGGUCAGGCAGCUGCCACGGCGGAGAGCAGCCCCAACGGCACAGCCUUCCCCUUGAAUGAGUGCCUGCAACCCCCUGACAGUGAGGACUGUGGCGAGGAGCAGACCCGCUGGCACUUCGACGCCCAGGCCAACAACUGCCUCACCUUCACCUUUGGUCACUGCCACCGCAACCGGAACCACUUUGAGACCUACGAGGCCUGCAUGCUGGCCUGCAUGAGCGGGCCACUGGCUGUGUGCAGCCUGCCCGCCCUGCAGGGGCCCUGCAAGGCCUAUGCACCUCGGUGGGCCUAUAACAGCCAGAUGGGCCAGUGCCAGUCCUUUGUCUAUGGGGGCUGCGAGGGCAACGGUAACAACUUCGAGAGCCGCGAGGCCUGCGAAGAGUCCUGCCCCUUCCCCCGGGGGAGCCAGCACUGCCGGGCCUGCAAACCGAGGCAGAAGCUUGUUACCAGCUUCUGUCGCAGCGACUUUGUUAUUUUGGGCCGAGUCUCCGAGCUGACCGAGGAGCCUGACUCAGGUCGUGCCCUGGUGACUGUGGACGAGGUCCUGAAGGAUGAGAAGAUGGGCCUCAAGUUCCUGGGCCGGGAGCCGCUGGAAGUCACUCUGCUCCACGUGGACUGGACCUGCCCCUGCCCCAACGUGACAGUAGGUGAGGCACCACUCAUCAUCAUGGGUGAGGUGGAUGGCGGCAUGGCUGUGCUGCGGCCUGACAGCUUCGUGGGCGCAUCUGGCACCCGGCGGGUGAGGAAGCUGCGUGAGGUCAUGCACAAGAAGACCUGUGACGUCCUCAAGGAGUUCCUAGGCUUGCACUGAAGCCCCACGACCCCUUCCCAGCCCUCUUCCCCCUCCCCACCCCCAACACCCCUCAGUCAGCAAAGGUCAGAUUAGACAGUCUGAGGCCAGCAGGGAAAUGUCAAUCAAUGCAUCUGCAAAAGUCCACCCACCAUCUUAGAUCAACUUCUCUUCUUUGGGCUCAGUAAGGGGUCUGUAUCUUUUUCAGUUGAGGGGGAGAAAAGGAGAAGUCAGUAGACACCUGCAAGUUAUUCCUGGUGACUGCUCCGCUUAGGCAUUGUCACCCUGUCUGCUGCACCCUUACACUCACCUCCCCUGGCUCUCCCAGACCCACUACCCCCAGCCAGCCUCCCAGCCAGGGUGUGAAAGAUGGUGCUGCAUGAUGGUCCCAGGAAUCAGGGAAUGAAUUGGUUUGCAAAGGGAGGUGGGGAGAGACAGGAGGGCCCGGACAAAUUCGCCAUAGCCACGUGGAUCACUGUGAGCAGGCCCCUUCAUGUCAGGGGCUGUGGGAAGUGGGGAGCAGGAGACAUGGUCCGGCCUGCACACAUCUUGCCCCGAGGGGAGGCUGCUGGGCGGGAGCCUCUGGGCCUGCGCAUUCGUCAAGCUGGCCCCGGGGUCUCUGGAGCCACCGGGGCACCAGCAGAAUGCAUGUUUCUCAUGUUCUUCUCCUUGGCUUUGUUGAUUUAUUGAUUCAGUUCUGUCCAGUCAAAUGCAGUGGACAUUUCUGAACACUUCCUAGGUGCCAGGUGCUAGGACCACAGAGGGGAUGUUAGUCACUUCCUAACUGAACACAAGUGACUGAACAUAGAUUCCCAGAUCCCAGGGUCCCAGGGCUGCCCUCCCAGCUGUCAGACGGUCUCACUUGACAGUGUGCUUUCAAGUGCCGCUGGCUUCCUGGGGCAGAAAGCAGAUAGAAGCCCCACGAUCUGUUUUGGUAGGAAGAGAAAUAAAGGAAAAAGAAAAUAGGCGGGGAAGAGGGUUGGUGAAGGAGUGAGAAGUCAGCCAGAGAGAGGAGGCCGGCCGGGGAAGGAAAAGGAAGGUUGCUCAAUGUUCCCAUCUGGUGGUAGCCUUGGGAACCGCAGGGACCUAGAGAGAAACUCCAGGUGAGGCCUGGGAGGGCCGGUUUGGGGAUGUCGCAGCUUACUUGUGACUUUUUAUUUCUGGACUUCUUGUGAAGGACCAGCCACCCCCACCACUAGAUAAAGGACUUGGGAAAGCCACUGUCAGCUCUACUCCUGCCCCCCAUCCCCUCCUUAGCCCCUCCUUCUGUCCACGCCCCUCCAAAGCUAGCAGAUCAUUGUGGGAGUCCUUGUUUCUUCCUCAGAUGUAGGGAGGAAGAUACCAAUUAAAAGCUCAUUGUA